AUGGAGCUCUACGGGAGUAUAGCGUUACCAGCGUCUUACACACGUGACGAUCCUAUCCGCGAGGGCGUCAUCAAUGCGUACGACGACACGAUGAAGAUCAUGGUCGUCGCAGUCACUGCACUCAGCAUGAUACCCGUUUUGCUUGCCCUCGCGAUGCCGAAUUGGCACCUGUGGGACAAACAGAAUGCGAUUGAUGCUGUUGAUCUUACUGAGAGAUCAGUGCUCAAAGAUGAGGAGGAGUCGUAA